CAAACAGUAAUCCACACAGCACUCAUUUUAUACAUCUCCUUAGCAAAUACAAUACAAGAAAGAGAACUAUGGUGACCGUUGACCAAGUUUUCAAGGCUCAACGUGCCGACGGUCCUGCCACCGUCAUGGCGAUUGGAACAGCAACUCCUCCUAACUGUGUUGAUCAGAGCACCUAUCCUGACUAUUACUUCCGUAUCACCAACAGUGAGCACAAGACUGAGCUUAAGGAGAAAUUCAAGCGCAUGUGCGAAAAAUCCAUGAUCAAGAAGCGAUACAUGUACUUGACAGAAGAGAUUUUGAAAGAAAACCCAGCUGUUUGCGAAUAUAUGGCACCUUCAUUGGAUGCCAGGCAAGAUAUGGUGGUGGUUGAGGUCCCAAAGCUAGGUAAAGAAGCAGCUGCUAAGGCUAUUAAGGAAUGGGGUCAGCCCAAAUCCAAAAUCACCCACUUGGUGUUUUGCACCACCAGUGGUGUUGACAUGCCUGGUGCUGACUACCAACUCACCAAGCUCUUGGGUCUUCGUCCAUCUGUUAAGCGUUAUAUGAUGUACCAACAAGGUUGCUUUGCUGGCGGCACGGUUCUACGCCUUGCAAAAGACUUGGCUGAGAACAACAAAGGUGCUCGUGUCCUUGUUGUGUGUUCAGAAAUUACAGCUGUUACUUUCCGGGGUCCUAGUGACACCCACCUUGACAGUCUUGUGGGUCAAGCCUUGUUCGGCGAUGGUGCAGCUGCUGUCAUUGUUGGUUCUGACCCAGUGCCAGGAGUUGAGAAGCCCAUGUUUGAAUUAGUCUCUACAGCUCAAACUAUUUUGCCUGAUAGCGAUGGGGCUAUUGAUGGGCAUCUCCGUGAAGUUGGGCUUACAUUUCACCUUUUAAAAGAUGUUCCUGGACUUAUUUCCAAGAACAUUGAGAAGAGUUUGGUCGAAGCAUUCAAACCCUUGGGUAUCUCCGAUUGGAACUCACUUUUUUGGAUUGCACAUCCAGGUGGCCCAGCAAUUUUAGACCAAGUUGAAGCCAAAUUAGGUCUUAAAGAAGAGAAGUUACAUGCCACAAGACAUAUACUUUCUGAAUACGGCAAUAUGUCAAGUGCAUGUGUGUUAUUUAUUUUGGAUGAAAUGAGAAAGAAAUCAAUCGAAAAUGGUUUCAAGACCACAGGUGAGGGUCUUGAGUGGGGGGUUCUCUUCGGAUUUGGCCCUGGACUUACUGUUGAGACAGUGGUUCUUCACAGUAUUGCUACCAUUUAAUAAUUGUUAUGUUGAAUUGAUUUUUCAUUAUGCUUCUUAUUUUUCAAAAUUUCAAUGUUAUUUACAUUAAAUUCCCCAAAGGAUGUAUGACAAUAUCAAGAAGUAUUUAUGUAGUGAAAACAACAAUGAAUUUGAAACCUUAAUGAAUUAAUUAUUUUCGUCA